AUGAAGAAGUUUUUGCAAAACAAAAAAGGCCGAUACUCUUUUCGGCAGAGCAAACGGGGCUCUCGGUAUCCAUCUAAAGAUUUCUUCCUCAGCAUGCCGUCGUCCAACCAGGGCUGGCCUGAGGAGUUCGGCUUCCAGCUGGGUGGGAAUGGACCCAGCUACAUUCUGUCUGUGGAGGAGGGCAGCAGUGCCCACCUGGCGGGGUUGCAGGCCGGGGACCAGGUCCUGGAGAUCGAGGGCCACAAUGUGUCAACACUGGGUCCCCAAGCUGUCAUCGCCAUCGCCCAGACUCAGAAGAACAUCCCUCCCAGUAUCGGAGUGGUGUCCCGCAUACAGCAGAUGGACAUCAUACCCGGUCCGGACGGUCGUUUCGGGUUCACCAUUGUGGGAGACUGCCCCCUGCUGGUAGAGGACUGCUCGCCUUGCUCUCCAGCCGGCCGCGCAGGUCUGAGGGCCGGGGAUUACGUCAUGGAGGUCAACGGCAUCCCCGUCAGGCAGCACGAAAUGGCUGCGGCGCUGAUCAAGGCCUCCCAGGGGAGGACGCUCCGUCUGGGGGUGCUGUGCCUUGCCCCAAGGCAGAAACACAGUAUCAGUAUAGAGGACAGUCAGCUGGGAGUAGAAGGGGCGAGACUGGAUCGUAAACAUAAAGCUCUGGAGUUCAACAGGAAGGUUGAGCAGAUUCUAGGUGAUGAGCCUGAAGUCAAAGAGAAACUGUUCAACGUGCUGAAGCAGUACGCAACAGAGAAGAGAGUUGAGUGGUUGGCCUCCGCCCUGCCCGACAUACUCACAACUGAUGAGCAUCGACAGCUCAUCUCCAGCAUCAGAAUCUUCAUUCCCAAGAAGCACCGGCAGCGCUUCGACGAGGCCGUGUCCCAGAACGUGAUCAACCGACUCUGCCGCAGCAAGAGCAUCAGCGAGCCCCAUGGAAGAAUCCGCCGCAGUCGGAGCGAGGAUCACUCUGAGCGCCACCACGGGUCCAAACGGGCCAGCUCGGUGCCAAGAGAUGGAGAACCUGGAGGGAGGGGUGAGACGGAGAGAGAGAGAGGUUUAAGGAAGGCUGUCUCUGGGAUGCCAGCGCAUCCCCCCAUCGGACCUAAUCAGAGGGUCAUUCGUGUCUACAGGGGGAAGAAGAACUUCGGCUUCACGCUGCGAGGUCACGCUCCCGUCUGCAUCGACUCUGUUAUCCCAGAUAGUCCUGCCGAGGAAUGUGGACUGAAACCAGGGGACCGUAUCCUCUUCCUCAAUGGACUGGAUAUGAGGAACUGUUCCCAUGAGAAGGUGGUGUCCAUGCUGCAAGGCAGUGGGGCGAUGCCCACUCUGGUGGUGGAGGAGGGUCCUUCUGACUCAGACCAAACAGACCCAGAGGAGUCUCCAAGCCUGGCCCCCACCACGUUACCGCGCUCCAGGUCUCCGGCCCUUAGCUCUCUGCAGUGGGUGGCAGAGAUUCUUCCACCGAGCAUCAGAGUCCACGGGCGGACCUUCAGCCAGCAGCUAGAGCACCUGUUGACCAUCCAGGAGAGGUACACAGUCUGCAAGGCCCUGGAGACCUUCUUUCAGCACAGGAAUGUGGACACUCUGAUAGUGGACGUGUUUCCAGUGUUGGACACUCCGGCCAAACAGCUGAUCUGGCAGUUCAUCCACCAGCUUCUGACCUACGACGAGCAGGAGCGCUGCCAGAGCAAGCUGUCACGCUUCCUGGGUUUUAAGAGCAGUGCGGUGUUGGAGCCUGAUGUAGGUCCCGAGCACCACCGGCGGAGCAGCUCAAUGCGUGUGACGGGGACGUCGUACCGCGGCUGCGUCCGAGAGAGGAGCUCUGAUGACUGCAUCAUCGGGACUCACCUGGGAAUGGGAAUUCAUGUGGAUGAAUCUGGGAGCCAGGAGGAGAGGCAGUCAGGAGAUGGGACCUCCUUCCCCGAGUCCCCUGACCUCAAUCAUAUGACAGGUGUGUACACGGAGCUGGAGAACGUGUACGCAGGGAAGAGUGUGUCACCACUGCAGUGUGGCUCCUCAGCAGAGCCCGAGGGCCCGGGACAGACUGAGGCCUACGGGCGCUCUCUCUCCCCCCUCACACUCCCGCCUCUCACAGGUAAUCGUAAAUCUGGCCUGUCCCUUUCCUGGAAGGAGCCUCUCCCCACUCCUGUGUAUGAGAUCCACCACCAGAGCAGUGUGGACUCCAACCCCUACGUCAGCCUGGAAAGCCCCCCCGCCUCCCCUCAGCACUCGGAUGGCGGCCCCAACACGCUGACCCGCCGCAAGAAGCUGUUCACAUUUUCCCGCCCGCCUCGCAGCCGGGACACAGACAAGUUCCUGGACGCUUUGAGCGAGCAGCUGGGCCACCGGGUGACUCUGGUGGAUGACUUUGUUCCCGGGGAGAACGACUAUGAGGAGAUAUAUCAAGGUGGUUGUCAUGGUUUCAGAAGAAGAGGGGUGCCUAUGAGUUUCCAGGAGGACCAGGACAUGGGCUUCAUGCCCCGGCAGCUCAGCAGUGGCAGCAGUGAGGAUCACAGUAGCAGCGACGAAGCCUCCUCUCCCUCCUACUCUUCAGGAUCUGAACCCAUCCCACCGCCUCCCACCCAGAGCCCCCCUCCUCCCCCGCCUUUCCAGUCUCUUAUACCGCCUCCUUCGGGAACACAGCGACCCUCUUUGCAAUGUGAAAACAACAGACUUAAAUCCUCCACUUCUUCCUCCCUCCUCCUCCUCCCUGCAGCCAUCCUCAUCGCCCAUCUGAAGCUCUCCACCGCCGAGCUGCGUCAGGUCUUGAUGAACAUGACCACGGACAGGCUGGAGUCCGCUCACAUCAAGCAGCUGCUGCUCUACGCUCCGGACGACGAAGAGGUCAAACAGUACGAGCAGUUUGACCAGGACCCGGCCAAACUGAGCGAGCCCGACCAGUUCAUCUUCCAGAUGCUGAUGGUGCCUGAGUAUAAGACCCGUCUGCGGAGCCUCCACUUCAAGACGACCCUGCAGGAGAGGACGGAGGAGAUGAAGGUUGCAUACGAUUACAUCUACAAGGCCUCAGUGGAGCUGAAAAGCAGCAAGAAACUGGCCAAAAUCCUGGAGUUUGUACUUGCAAUGGGGAAUUACCUGAACAAUGGCCAGCCCAAGAGCAACAAGACAACCAGUUUUAAGAUCAACUUCCUAACUGAGCUAAGCACGACCAAAACAGUAGACGGGAAAUCCACCUUCCUCCACAUUCUGGCCAAGUCCCUGUGCCAACACUUCCCCGAGCUGCUCAACUUUUCCAGAGACCUUACAACAGUGCCUCUGGCAGCCAAGGUGAACCAGAAGGCUAUCACUGCAGAGCUGAGUGACCUUCACACCACCAUCCAGGACAUCAGGACGGCCUGCAUGAAGAUCCCGCCCACCUCUGAGGACCACUUCGCCUCCGUCAUGAGCAGCUUUUUGGAGAACAGCCACCCUGCGAUCCAGUCACUGGAGUCCCUGCAGACCCGAGCGAUGGAGGAGUUCUCCAAGGUGGCCUCCUACUUCGGAGAGGACGGCAAGUCCACCAGAACAGAGGCCUUCUUCGGCAUCUUUGCGGAGUUCAUCUCCAAGUUUGAGAGAGCUCUCAAUGAGACCCAGACUCCAGAAAACCCCAGAAGCCCCAGACUGUCUUCCCCUCUGGCCUGGUAGAAGCAAGAAAUGCAGGCGGAUGUGUCGGGCCAAAACCGACAGGCUGGUCGGCUCCAUUUUCACUCUGCUCUCCACAACCAAAGUGCCAAGAUCACACACAGAGACACUCAAACCAACGGGAACAGAGACCACGUCAUCUAUAGCAAAACAGAAUGGAUUUACACUGUAUCUAUCUGUAGGUAACCACAACAGUUGAUGAGUGCCCACGUGUGCGCAUUGCUGUUAUUUCAGGUGCUGGGUAGAGCAGGAACAUUCAGGUGUCCGCAGGUCAACAGGAACUCACCGCACACUGACGACUCGAACCAGUCUUUUACAUUAUUUACAUCUCCUUUGAACACACAUUACACAGACACAUUAGAGGAAGCAUCCAUGUACAUUUGAUCGACUGCAUCUCGAUGCUACAUUAAAAUGAGAUGUAAGUAAUGAAAACAACUGGUCUGAAUAUUUACAGAUUACUCACUAUGUUUAAUAUAUGACUAUAUAAAGUUUAUAUUUUCUAUCAGAUCAUAUUUGAAAAUUGUAAAGAUUAAGCGUAGAUGUAGGCUGAUGACAGUUAUCUGGAAUCAAGGUGAUUCACAAGUGUAGUUUAGUUUUUAGAGCCAGGCGGAGCUGCUCGGAGUAUUUGAUCGGACUGUUCGUACAGUGGUGCACUCACUGCCUCCCAUACAGCCCGAUUUGAUUUAAAAAUAGUGGAUAUUGCAGGUUUGUUUUCCAACAUUAUGUAUCCACAUUGCUGAUCUAGACUUACAGAUGUGGUCAUUCUCAUCUAACCUACUGUGAAUUUAAAGGGCAUCUAUUAUGGGGAUUAUAAUAACAUAAAAAAAAAAAAAAACGAUUUUCUCUCCCUUUACAGUUAAAAGUCCAAGUUAUCCACACCCAGCUCUGGUUGACUGUUGUCCUUUGCAGGGGACAUAUUACAUCUAAUUUACUACUUCAUUACUACAUACAUGUCAUUUACUAUGGAAGAAAAACAAGGUCAUAAAGAUUUACAUUUUUAAAUAACGGUAUACAUAAUUGUGAAUCUUAACCACUAAUCUGAUUUUUAAUAUUACAAUUGUAAUGUAAUUUAUAACAUUUAAAUAUUAAAUAUAUCUAUUUGAAUUUGAAUGGUUUGAUUUACCCUUUUUCAGUUGGUAAUUUUCAAGUUGUGCAAUUUCAAAAAGUCGAUUUGAAGUUUCCUUUUUUAUGGUUCACUAAUUGAAGUAGAAAAUUAAUUAAUCCAUUAUUCACAAUCUGUUUUCAAGUUACUCGUGCAGCUGGUUAUUUUCUGAUCUAAAGUCAGGUUACUUAAAUCCUAUUGGUGAAAUUCUGAUAUCAAAUUCAAGAUAAAAAAAAUGUAACAUAAGCAAAGAAGCCUUAAGGGCCACUGUCCUAUCAGGUUAUAGUCAUAGUUCUUAGUCUUGUGAUCCAAGAAAUAAAAGUUCAGAUAACUGGAAACACCACCCAACUACAUUUUAUAUCUGAGUUGUGAGACUUGAAAAGAAAGUUUAUUUAUUAAUUUUCAAAAAAGGGAAAUUCAAACCAAAUAAAUGGUAAUAUAGAUGGUAAUAUUUCAGUGGUAUUUAAAGUUAGCAUUCUGUAUUCAUUUAAAUUUCACAGUUAUGUAUUAAGUUGCUUAAAUUUAAAUUUUUUUGCCCUGACUUGGCUUCCAUAAUUUUUAGCAGUCUGUUGCUUUUAGACGACAGUGAGUCCAUAGAAAAAAUGGCAUUAGCUACCUUACUCCUGAAAACCAGUGGGCGGUCAGGGUUAACCUUAGCUUUCAGCUCCCUAUACAAAUGUGAUCAAGGAUGAAGACAUGAUUACAUUGUUUUGCUUUAGUGGCUAAAACAUGAGGUCAUCCACCUUUACCUUUAUUUCCCCCCUGAUCGUGAACAGCCACUGACAUCAGGCCAGUUUACACCACAUGAACUCGGUAGCCUCUGAAGAGGCUGUCAGCCAUUCAGCUGACAGCUAUCAUUCAUUGUGAUUCUUCUGCCUGUGUGGGCUUCAUUCAAUAACACACAUUUAUUUGCAAAACAUGAUUCAGAAGAACAAUGUGGCACCUUUCACAGGGCGGUAACACUGACUGCUAAGCACAUGCUGAUAUUUGGCUCAAAAAUCAUCUGUUUUAGAGAACAUGUGGGUGGAACAGCACAUCUUUUCCAACAAUUAGUGUCUUCUCUUUGUCGGUGCAGAAAGAUAAGAGGCAGGUUUAAUCUGAAAAGGCUGAGCUGUGUGCGUCUGGCAGAGAGGACGACUAAUAGUUCUGCACUUUGUCGAGUGUUUCCGGAGCAUUGUGUACACAGACCUGUUCAAACAAGUGGGUGGCUGCUGAAUGAAUGAACGUCAAACGCAUGUGGAAGAAAAAAAAAAAACACCCUACUGUAAAUGGUCAUUUCCUGCUCUUCUGGUCGUCAUGGUGAUCUCAUGACUCAUGUACUAGACUACAGUACAGUGUACCUGUAGCUGUGUUGUAUUUAUGUCAAACUAUUGUUGAGAUUGUAAACUGACAGUUUUUGCUAUGCACUGCUCAUCAUUUUGUAUCGUAUGCUCGUUUGUCCUCCAAGUCCUAGUUUAUUUUCUUAUUCAAGAGUGUCAUCAGGAAAUCACCAUUUUCUAUAUUCUUUAUGCGCAGCUUUAGUCAGGCCUACGAGGCGACUGUGAUCUCGUAAAAAUGCAAUCCUAGCUGCUACUAGUGUAGUAACGGUGUUUCUUGUCCAAAUCAAUUGCAUGUUGGUGCAGUUAAUGUAUUAAGAUGUGCAGCUGGUAGCAUUUACCCUCUUUGGAUAUUUAAGUUUAAAAUAAAUACAUUUCUGUUAGUCUAGUUAGGUUUAUUUAUUGGUUGCCUCCAAGUUUCCCUUUUGUAACCGUUUUAUAUGUUUUCAUGGGAAGUUGCUCAUGUUUUGUGAUUGUUUGACCUUUCAUGUUUUGUUCAAUGCUUUCAACUGAAGGAUAUGUUUUUGAUCUAUAAAAAUAUCAUGCUUGAAAGUAAUAACUGCCCUACUUCAUCUGUGCCUCAUGAUGAAUAAU